AUGCUUCACACUGGGAGGCACUGUGGUGAGGGUGGUGGUGGUGGUGGUGGUGUGCCGGGGGUCUCAAACAAACUGAGGAGACAGACAAGGUACAACGGUAAGCGACGCUACCUCGUCAUCCAGCACUUCCAGGGACCGACCCCCAUGAACAACGGCAAUCGACCAUCCAAAAGCAAGUCACCGCUCAAGGGAAGAAGAAGCGAGGCAACCAUGGCAGUUCCUCCCCAGAGCAACGACUCGCCCGGCAUUGAGUUAGUAGCGUAUCCAAAGAAUCGGCGGCAAAGACGGGACUUGGGCAGCCCUGGGGCAGCAAAGGACGCCGCGAAACAUGAUCAAUACCAGGCGACGAACAAGAGCGGCGCCAACAUGAAGCCGUCAAGUCUCCCGAGCGACAACUCAAAGCUGGGCCCCCGCGAGCCGCCGUAUGUCCCCGAAGGGGAUAUCGAGAAACGAAAGGAAACGAAGAGCGAAGACGACACCGACGCUGACCUCGGCUGGGAGUUGGUGGAAAACCCGAGCGACGUUUGGGCAAAGGAGAACGAGGCAAUGAACAAGCUUAUCGACGACCUCGACGAUAUGUUUCUGCCCUCCGUGGCCGGGAAGAACAAACGUCAGGCAGCAGGAGUUGGCCGCCCCAGCACAGGCGGGUUGCAAUUCUCUCGGAGGGUGCCCGUCGACGCCAAAGGGCCAAGGGCGGUCAAGUGA